AUGCAAAGCUCAGCAGCAUCCGCUGAGGCGACGAGAUCGUUGGCCGAAAAAGUAGUUCCGUUCGCCAGAGUGGCGGAAUCAUCCAUUGGAGAAAAAGAUGCAUCCUUUUCCGACACUGCUCCUCCGACCGUUGACGAAAUGGCUCCCUCUGUGGAAGGGGUGGUCUCUCCGCCCACUUCAAAGACGGAAUGUGUUCUGCCACCAGCAUCAAUAACAGAGAUACGACGUCAGCUUUUCAUCGGCAACCAAUACAGCAGCCACAGACACCCGACACUGACGGAGCACAAGAUCACGGCAAUCGUGUCAAUCAUGGAUGCGCGCCUGUUGCUAUGGACGUGCAACACUCGACCCUUUGUCACCGAGGAAAAUCAUCUCUUUAUUCGCUGCGCGGACAACUCGACCAUGAACGUGCUCCCAUUCAUGAGCCAGGUCUGCGAUUUUAUCGAAGAGCGCAUAUCCACCGACGAAAAAGCCAAUAUGCUCGUACACUGCAGAGAAGGAAUUUCUCGGUCGGCGACCGUUGUGAUAGCCUACCUCAUGCGAAAGUAUGGCCUGAGCGCUGACGAGGCCCUGGCCGAAGUCAAGGCGAAGCGAAAAGUAAAGCCAAAUUCCAAUUUCAUGGACCAACUACGUGUAUGGGGCGCUGUUGGGUUUCAAAUCUGGCAGGAUGACGACGAGACAGUGCCAAAGAAAGAGUAUCAAGCCUACCUCGAUGAAAGAGCAGUGCGUUUAAAGGCCAAGGGGCUAACAGGCGACGAACCGAUUGGAAUACAAAAUCUUUGA